GCACCGCGUAAGUACACUUGGGAGGUACCCAGAUCGAAACACUCACUUUACUGUCCUUGGCUUUCUCCGUCUCAGCAUUCCUCUCCGGAAUCAGUUUACCGUGCGCGGCUUGGAGAGGGAGGGGGGCAAGUGCUCGUGCACAACGAACCUGUUCUUUUCCCGUAACUUCCUCCCCCCUUGAAGAACGCAAUCCUUGUCGUGGUAGUUCACAAAACGGACUAAUAUAGGAGGAUCGGGACGGGAAGGUGUAGAUCUUGCAAGACGAUGAACCGCGACUAUAGGCAUAAAAUCGAGGCCGAGUUCGUCGGCAAGAAAAUCCUUGAGUACUUGCCUACAGUUCUCUUCUCUCCUGUAAGGGAUUCCGCGCAUGACAACAUCCGCCUUCACCGAGUAUCUCUCAGCCAGCAGGCCCGCCUUGAUCCUCUCUCGUCGUUCAGCCAGCAGGGAGUCGUUGAGCCGCUUCAUCUCGUUGUCCUGGAACUCGGCGCCGCCAUGUCGGUGACAAGAAGCAUCUGUCCAUAUGCACUCCGUCACUUCGAACACAUCAUUCCUCCUCCGUCUGUAUGCGUCGUCAUGGCGAACAACAAACAUUUAAGGUCAAGUCUAUCCCUGUACAGCUAUGGGGGCCUGUGGAUCGCGUCUGUAUGCCGCGCCCUGCCUAUGUGCCUGUCUGGUUGUUGACUUAGUGACCUUGGUGCUCCGCA